CAGAGACAAAAAAGUUCGUGAAUGCGUAAUUUUUGUAUGAUGCUAAACGAUUAGCAUUUGUUUUCGUUGUGAUAUUCAGAGAUAAAGAAGGUUAUAUUUAUUGGUUCAAAGGAACUAUUUAAUAUAAAACAUAAAAGGAACUAUUUAAUAUAAAACAUGACAAGUGAUAAAAAACAAUGGGACUAUAGCCAACUUAGAAAAUAUGAUCUAAAUUUUGAACAAAUUCCUAGAGUUUAUUAUAAAGAUUCAAAAAUUGAUGAGUUAUUGGCUUUAAAUAGACCAGUUGUAAUCACUGGCUCAAACAUAGUCAAACCAGCUUGUGAAAGAUGGAACUUGGAAUUUUUGGAGGACCACCUAGGGAACAGUGAUCACACUGUAUAUGUGUCUAGAAAUCAUGUAUUCAAGUAUUAUGACGAGAAAAAAAUAUUAAGCAAAAGUAAUCCAAAGGGGGUUAAAUUUAAACCUCCUACAAGGAUUGUGGAAAUGAAAGUAUAUGAGUUUAUGCAAAAAAUCAGAGAUUGGAGACAUGGAGAUGAUAGAAUAUAUCUUCAACAAUCAUUAAAUGCUAGUGUAGGACAAGCAAUAGCAGAAGAUUUUGUAAGGUUUGAUUGGCAAUAUGUAAAUGGAAAACAGGACAAACAUAACUGGGGGCCAUUAACAUCCAAUUUAUUAUUUGUGGCAAUGGAGGGUAAUGUAACACCUUGUCAUUAUGAUGAACAACAGAAUUUUUUUGCUCAAGUUUAUGGAUAUAAACGAUGUAUAUUAUUUCCUCCCAAUCAGUUUGAAUGUUUGUAUCCUCAUCCAAUAUUUCAUCCACAUGAUAGGCAAAGUAUGGUUGAUUUUGAAAAGCCAGACUACAAUAAAUUUCCAAAGUUUAAACAAGCUAAAGGAUUUGAAACUGUACUAGGUCCUGGAGAUGUUUUGUAUAUACCUAUUUACUGGUGGCAUCACGUUGAAUCAUUAUUGAGUGGAGGUCCAACAAUAACAAUUAACUUUUGGUUUAAAGGUGGACCAACUAAUAUAGAAUAUCCACUUAAUGAUCACCAAAAAGUUUCUAUAAUGAGGAACAUAGAAAAAAUGUUAGUUGAAGUAUUACAAGAUCCUAAAGAAGUUGGUCCUUUAUUGAGGACCAUGGUUUUAGGUAGAUUUACGGAAAAUAUUAACAAUUGAUGUUAUAAUCAAUUAGUUAAUAAUUAAUUUAUUAUAGUUAUUAUUUAACCUGUG